GUGAACACUCUAUCCAGGCAAUUCAGCGCCGAGUUCACAGAUGUAAUGAAUGAGAUCUGGGCCAACGAAGCUGUCAAGAGCGCCGUCCUCAUCUCGUCAAAGCCAGGCUCUUUCAUUGCUGGAGCCGAUAUCGACAUGAUUGACGCCUGCAAGACUUCUCAGGAAGUGACUCAGCUCUCUCAGGAAGGACAGAAGAUGCUAGAAAAAAUAGAGCAGUCUCCAAAGCCCAUCGUUGCUGCCAUCAGUGGCUCCUGCCUGGGAGGAGGACUGGAGGUUGCCAUUGCCUGCCACUACAGAAUAGCAACGAAGGACAGGAAAACAGUCUUGGGAACACCUGAAGUGUUACUGGGUCUCCUGCCAGGGGCGGGGGGUACUCAGAGGCUGCCAAAGAUGGUGGGCCUUCCUGCUGCCUUCGAUAUGAUGCUGACGGGAAGGAACAUCCGUGCUGACAAAGCGAAGAAGAUGGGUCUGGUUGACCAGCUGGUGGACCCACUAGGGCCGGGUGUGAAGGCGCCGGAGGCACGGACGGUGGAGUACUUGGAGGAGGUAGCGAUCGGCUUUGCCAGGGGGCUGGCGAACAGGACCGUGUCUGCCAAAAGGUCCAAAGGGCUGAUCCAGAAGCUGACGGACUACGCCAUGGCUCUCCCCUUCGUCAGGCAGCAAGUCUACAAGACGGUGGAGACCAAAGUUCAGAAGCAAACCAAAGGCCUCUACCCUGCUCCGCUGAAGAUCAUUGAGGUUGUAAAGACGGGGCUUGAUCAGGGGCGGGACGCCGGGUACCUCACUGAGUCCCAGGGGGACCUCAAGAGAGCGGAGGACUGGGCAGGCAGGAUCCUCAUGAGGUUCAGCAAAGGGAGGUGCCAAGUGCUGCCCCUGGGGAGGAAGAACCCCGUGCAGGAGCACAGGCUGGCGGGCAGCCGACUGGAGAGAGUCCAGCGAAGGGCCACAGGGGUGAUUGAAGGCCUGGAGCACCCGGCACACGAGGAGAGGCCAGGAGACCUGGGGCUGGAGAAGGGAAGGCUCGGGGGGAUCCUACCGAUGUGCGUAAACGCUGG